AUGCAGGCCAAGUUGGCUCCGCCCUGGUCCGCAUCUGGUCGGCCCGUCUCGGACAAGCCGGCCUUCCCCUGCGUUACGAAGACGACAUCCCUGCCUUUCGUUUUCCCCCCAUCACAUCUCACUCACCGACAAUUCUUGGCGCUCACAGAGGAUUUGAGGGUUCCAUGGAACAUAAAGAAGUCGGGGACAGCAUUCGAGCCGGUUUUCGUUUCGUUGGGCUUCGUGUGGGAUAUCCCCAGCAAAACAGUGUCGUUGCCGAAGGAGAAGCGGGAGAAAUACUUGGCGCGGGUGGAGUCAUUGCUGGGCGCGGAUAUGGUUUCCCUCAAGGAUUUACAGAAGGUCCACGGCACCCUCUCUUACUCGACAUUUGUCUACCGCGACGGUUCAUCACGACUUCCCGCCAUCUCGAACGCAUUCCGCUUCUACGCAAAUGACAACGCACUCCGCCAUAUCCUCAGGACGACUCGCAGGGCUUUGCUAUGGUGGAAGCAUCGCCUCACGUCGCCAGAUUUCUCUCGCCAACUGGUCGCGACAGCUCCGAUGCAGGACUUGGGCCUUUUUGUGGAUGCAUCGACAUCUUGGGGUCUGGGCGUUAUUAUUGGAGAGAAGUGGUUUGCGCUGAGGUUGAUAAAGGGAUGGGACUGCGCAGGCACGAGAGAUAUCUGUUGGCUGGAGGCGGUCGCUUUGGAGGUGCUGCUCAUGUGGCUGAUUGAGCGCGGUCACCACGAUUGUUGUUUGCUGGUCCAUUCGGAUAACACCGGCGCCAUCGGUGCUCUUUCUAAGGGCCGUAGCAGCAAUGCGGAGCUCAACCGAGUCGCACGCCGUUUCUGCAAUCUUUCCUUAUCGCAUAACAUCUCUAUUUCUUUCUCUUACAUCGCCUCCGCCUCAAACCCUGCUGAUCCAAUCUCUCGUGGCAUUCUUCCUCAUUCCUUUCCCUUGUACUUAUCCUUUGACCUGCCUUUUGAUAUCACUCAGUCCCUUUCGUGUGUAGACUACGUUGAACUGUCUCAAUCAUAA